CAUGGUAAAAGAGAUUUCGCAAUCCUCUCCUCUCCAUGUUCCAAACAAAAACACACAAGAGCUCACACAGACAGGAUUUAACUUCAACUUUCUACGAUUACUUUUAAAACUUUUGACGGAUGGUUAACCCCACCACCACCCCGUGAAGGCGAGACGAAGAAUCCAAAACCUGCUUCCUGUCACCAAUUCAUCUCUACAACUGAGGAGACUCAGAGAUCAGUACUUGCAGGCAGCAAAUCCAAAUGAGCCGGCUGUCGCAGGCGAAAUUAAACACAGUUGACCACAUCAGCGUGAGCGUCAUCCAGAGUCAGGCCCACGCCUCCGCUUCCUCCUCGUCCCUGACGGCAACCGUAGCCGGACUACAGCAGGUCCCUCAACUCAUUCCAGCAAACCCUUCAGCAGGAGGUGGAAAGGCCCUCCCACCCAGCGAGAUGAAGAAGCCCUCUGCAGACAAGGACAGCGACGAGUACCGCCAGCGGCGUGAACGCAACAACCUGGCGGUGAAGAAGAGCCGCAUGCGCAGCAAGCAGAAGGCGAUGGACACGCAGCAGCGCGUCAACGAGCUCAAAGAGGAGAACGAGCGGCUAGAGGCCAAGAUCAAACUGCUGAGCAAAGAGCUGAGCGUGCUCAAAGACCUCUUCCUGGAGCACGCCCACAACCUGGCCGACAACGUCCAGCCGCCCACAGGUGCUGAUGGCACAAGCCCCGCCCCAAACAAUUCCUCCACCAAUGGGCAGUGAGGGGAGGGGCCACAGAAACAUUAGAUUACUGGAGCUGGCUGCAGCUUUUCUGAAGAUUUCUGUCAACAUGAAACUUGGAGCCGCAUCUUCUCCGCUGCUUUUUUUUGGCUUACUACUUAUUUUCUCGUAUUUAAUCUCCCCGCCUUCUUGACAAAACGUUCCACAAUCCUCCUGGAAACUUGUUGUCCACCUUUGUGGGGAAAAUUCUACAAUUCUAUAAAUGCAUUUUUAUGACCUUUACAAAAUGUGAGUUAGAUUUUCAUCAAAAAGUCUUUUUUUUAAGUAGUUAAAGUUUGUAUCAGAUAGGAGGUUAUUUUUCAGAUUCAGACCAGGAGAAAUACACAGAACAGACUGUGAUCACGGCAGAAAUCAAACGGAUUGAACAUGUUAUUGAUCGACUUAUUGGAGGAAUGUGAGGAGAUCCUACAAACUGAGACGUUGUACAAUGAGGACUAACUCACUCUGGCGUCUGUGGGAACCAAAACAUACCUCAGCCCGUUUCCUCUUCCUGUUGGCUCCUUUAAAAGUCAGACAGGCUGGAUGUUUGACUUUCGUGUUGCACCGCUGCGUUGGCAGGAUGAAGAUGUUAACUAUUGAAAUUCCCUUUUUUUAGGAUGUGUAUUUUCUUCUGUUGUUCUACAGAGAGUUUUUAUCAUUACAUGUCGAUGUUUCGAGGACAGUUGUGGUCGUCAGAGUUUGGGCCGUCUUUCAAUUUAUCGUAAGACUCGGUAUCAAACACAUUUUAAAUUUGCAGAACAUAAUUUUUCAAUCACCAGAGAGGGUGAAACUCUGACAUCCAGCCUGUUCAUCAGAAAACACAGAAUUGUCCUGUGCAGAAUGAUUAGUGUUUGAGUCGAGUACUUUUAAUGUCCGAGUCGGUCUGUUAAGGUGGAAGUUUUAUUUCACAGGCCGGGUCACUGGGUCAGGUUUGAGGCUGAUGUAUCUGACCACAGUUACAGCUCUGCACUGUAUGAACAGCGGCAGCCCCCAAGAAUUAAUAUAACAUGAAGCAGUUAUUACUGGUUAAAUUAAUCAGGUGUGACUGCUGUUAUUGGUGAUGAAUAGUGAAUCUUUACGAAGAUUUAAAAACUAAAAGAAACCGCCACUGAUUGAUCUACUGAUUGUAAAAAAUAUGUAAAGCUAGAUUAAUCGGACAUAAGCUUCAGAUCUGACUCCUUAAAGUUAUUUAUAGUAAAUAAAAGAUGAACAACAGCUCAGGUUUGGGGAGAAAAUCUCACCACAAACUUGAGAAAAGAUCCAAGUUUUGUGUUUAAAAAAAGAAAAAGUGAUCUGCGAGUAAAUGACUCCACCCAGUCCCAGCAGCCAGCACCUCCACCUGGCGUUGCAUGUCAGUCCAGACAGGUGUAGAUGUUUGUGGUCUGACUCUGACACCUCAUGUUGUCAGACACUUAAAGCGAGCUGCAGCUUCAAUUAAAUCCAGUUUUGGUCGUUUAGCGGCCUCUAAUGAGUUCGGAGCAGAUCUGGACAGGCACCCUCACCACAGCCCUCGCCUCUAAAGCGUGCCUCAAAGAGGGGCGUGGCCACUGCCUUUGUUGUUGUCAGACUUCAUAAUUAUGUGAGCUUUGUGUAGGCGUGGAGUGUUUGUCUGCGAGGAGCUUCACCUCCCUGCAGGAAUGCCGUCUGUCUGAGAUUUGCUGCUCCGAAGCCGCUCAGCCGUUCCCACAACGUUCCUACAAGAUUUCCAAUCAGGCACUCGCAACUGUGUUCAAGCUCUGAUCAUGUUGCAACCAUUUUAAACGUCUCGUUGUGAUCGGCUAUAUGGACUUAGUGUUUAUGUUGCAACAUUCAUUCUUAAAUCCAUAAAUCCAGCAAGUGCACAGUGACCUUUAUAAAUCAGCAAACAGCAUAAAGAGCGAACUGUGAGGAGAGAACAUGAGGGUGAUGUUCUGAACAUGGUCUCUGAAUACUACAGUACCCAUGAGCCUUAGCUGCAGAUGCUGGAACAAUAAAGUAGUUACCCUGCAUUCACAGAUCUUAAGUUUGGAAGAGCUUUAAGUCCACAAUUUUAACAACAAGUACACUGUAAGAAAAGAAUCACAAUCACUCAGGACUAAUCUUAGCCACCUUACACUAAGUCAAUCAAAGUCCUAAAACACAUCGAGCAUAAGUUAAUGAAAACUUUCUUAACAGUAUCCCAACAUUGUUUGCCAACCAUGUCCAGGUCGUUUUCCAAACUUUUCUCUGACUCCUGAAGUUCUUGUUAUGACUUUUAGAAACUUCAGGUUAAUUCUUCACAUUUUUACAGACACUACGUGAACGCAGGGUGACUGACUGCCUCAGAAAAUGUUUCAGAAUCUGAUAAUAAGUUAACAUAAACUUCUGAGCGGUUGCUUGUUAAUAAAAAUGUGUCACCGUUGUUUAUACUUGUUGCUGUUGGUUUAAAGUCCAUCAUCUCCACCUGUCAGUCAGAACAAGAAGAACCUCCUCCACAAAUUAAAAUAAGGCAUGUUUCUCUGCAGUUUUCCAAUCAAGACGUUUCUCUAAAUGGAACUGGAAAAAAAUCGGUUCACAAGUUGUAAAGUUUUGGCUGAAUAUUGUUGAAUAUAUAUAUAUAUUCUGAAAGUGAUUCUCACAGCGACAUCAAAAUGGGUUCAAAUAAAUCAAUAAUUCAUGGCACACUGAAAACGACUUUUCAGCAUGCUGGGCGAACCUGAGGCUGUUUUGUUCUCACAAUAAAGUGACCGUAAAGUCAUCCUCAGUGUGCCAUGGAUUACUGAUUUCUGUUUCAUAUGUUCAUGCACCUGAGAUCUUAGGUUGGCUGUGCACACAGCGCCCUGAUGGUCAUGAAGAUCAGGGGUGAAAAUAUACUUCACAGAUGAUGUCAUCAGUUGAUUUAAAGUUGUUGGAAACCUUUAGUCGGGACGUUGUGGGGACGGUUAAAGCUGCACUGAGCACAGCCUGCACCUUUUUUCACUUUUCUAUUGUUGUUUUUUUUUUUUACACUUGUAUUCCAAAAAGCAGCAUGUUUAUAGAGACGUCUUUGCAUGAUAGAGGGGAGGGGGGGGGGGUCACUGUGUGCGUCUGCUAAACGUUAACUACACUCAGAGAAAAAGAAUCGUUGUGUUUGUGGAGUGAAUCAGGAAUCAGAUUGUCGUCGUGUUGGGAUGUGUGUCAUGUUCUGCUUUGGUCUGAAUGUUGCUGGGCAGCAUUUCUCUGUCGUCACUCUCGGCUUUUUUUUAUAUCAGAGGAAUCUGGGCUAACGUGCAUUCUAAAUUAAAAUUGAGUACAAAAGUUAA